AUGGCUUCUUCAAGCACUUCUACUCUAGAAGAGCAGUACGAGGAGCUGGGCAAAAAGUUUGAUGCCCUGUCCCUUGUGGUUGCCAACGGCUUCGUCAAUGAUGGCUUGCCGACAGAUGAUGCUCAGUUGGAAGCCUUUGCUGUAAAGCACAUGUGCCUUGCAAUUGAGGCAAGGAAAAAACUUUGCUUCUCCAAAGUUGACAAUGGCACUGAAGAGUACGCUUUCUUUGUCAAGUACAAUGGGCGAUUCUAUGAGGUGUACGGAAAAGGCACGUGGACGCUGAAACAGUUGAAGGACCACAUUCUUGCAUUCAUUUGUCCAGAAUAUGGUCAUUUUUCGUUGACGCCACCUAUCGUCUUCAACCCUGCUGUGGUGGAGAACAACCGCAAGAAAGUGAAGACUCUGUUCCCCAACAAGAAGGUUGAAGUCUCUGUCGGUGGGGCAGUCUGA